UAAUUUAAGCACAAGAUGUCCAAGUACCUGAAGCAUUUCACCUUUGUUGGUGACGAGCAUAUUAAUAAACCAUAUUAUGAAGAAGAUGAGGAGAAGCAGCCGGAGCCAGAAGAAAAACCCGAAACGCCUCAUCCAUUUACGUCGGACUCGUCCUACACUUUCCGGGAUGCCCUAAAAUGGUUUUUUGGCUGUCACAAGUUUCAAAUUGUCAUUGUGUGCCUUGUUAUUCUGGAUGCCUUAUUUGUGCUAAUUGAAGUCCUUCUCGACUUGGAACUCUUGGUGGACAAAGUUGACCAUAUUAUACCAAAGAUCUUUCACUACAUGAGUUUGGCCAUCGUGUCCUUGUUCGUGUUGGAAAUUUUGUGUAAAAUAAUUGCUUUCAGCGUUGAAUUUUUCCACCAUAAAUGUGAGGUGUUUGAUGCAGCCAUUGUGGGUGUAUCCUUCAUUAUCAAAGUCAUUUACUUAACACGGGAAGAUUUAUUCCGUGCAAUCGGGCUGCUGAUUUUACUCAGGAUAUGGAGAGUGGUUAGGAUUGUACUUGGCUUCAGUUUGUCAGUGACAUUCCAAGCCGAAGACAAAAUCCAAAAAUUCAAGGACAAGAAUGAGAUUUUACUGGAAAGAGUAUCUCAACUGGAACAGCAGUGUUCCCAGCAGGUGGUUGAAGAUGGAUAUUCAUUUUUUUCUUUCCAGAUUUUAAAACCUGCAGAGAAAAAGAAGCCCAAUGCAAGCCGACCAGUAACGCCACCACGAGGCAUGAUUACGAAACAGGCGAAGAAAUGAGGGUCUCUUGGCCUGCUUGGACUUGUAUUAUAGUAAUAUAAUCAC